AUGCACAAACGACCGAUAUCCUCCCUAUCCUUGCCUCCAGCAACGCUGGGAGCACUAACCCGCGCUGGCUUUGAGAAUGUCGGCGACCUUGCUGGAUUUGAGUCUGCGGAAGCUUUGUCAACUCGUAAGGGACCCUCCGCUUUUACCGCCAUGAUGUAUACACGGUUUCCCCCAGAACUCAGGAUACCUAUCGCCCAGUCGCAGCUCGUUAUGUCUGCAUCACAAGCGGUCGCGCCACCGACGGCCGCGUCCCAGUCCCUCGCCUCGUUGUCGAAGGCUGGUGUUGCACAACCAAGGACGACGUCCUGUAAAGAAUUGGAUCAUCUACUCGACGGAGGCCUGCGCCCAGGACGCGUAUAUGAGUUAUCUGGACCACCAGGUGUCCCUAAAGAUGCCUUGGCCCUCAAGAUUGCGGCCUCCUACGCAAGGACAGGGGAAGGAACUCUGCUUGUUGAUUGCCAAAAUGUGAUCAACACCGACUUCUUGGAAGAUCUUGAGGGGGACGAACAGGAACUCAUUUCAACCACCGCGGUGCACACACUCGCCGAGCUCGUCCUCACAGUCCUCACCUUACCUACCCUGCUUAACCGACUUCCAAGAGUGAACGGCUUCGUCCUUCACUCUAUUCAUAUUCUCAUUUCUCCAGCUGCCCGUACGGUAGCCCUUGAUCGUAUCAAGAGCGCGCUUUCCAAGAUCUGCGCCACCAACCGCAUCACCGUACGCAAUGCCACCUGGAUCUGA